GCCGGGGAUGGCGGCGCAUCAGGCCCCGCCCCCUCAUGAGAUGGCCCCGCCCCCAGCGCACGCGCGCGGUUUUGGCGCCAAAUCCGAGUCCCGCCCUUCACCCCCCGCCCGUCCCGCGCCGCCGCCGCCGCCCCUCACUCACCGCCGGCCGCCCUCGCUGCUGCCCCGCUCCGCCGCAGCCAUGAUCGGGCAGAAGACGCUGCACUCCUUCUUCAGCCCCGCGCCGGCCAAGAAGCGCGGCCGCUCCCCGGAGCCGGGCGGCGAUUCUGAGGUGAGCGCCGCCAAGAAGGCGAAGGAAGGCGGCGAUGAGGCGAGCCAGGCGCUGAGCGCGGAGCAGCAGGAGCGCAUCCGCAAGAACAAGGAGGCGGCGCGGCAGCUGCUGGCCCAGCGGAACGUUCCCCCGGGCUUCGGCGAGAGCUGGCGGCGGCAGCUGGCCGGGGAGUUCUCCAAGCCCUACUUCGUGGAGCUGAUGGCGUUCGUGGCCGAGGAGAGGAAGCGGCACACGGUGUAUCCGCCCCCCGAGCAGGUCUUCACCUGGACACAGAUGUGCGACAUCUGGGAUGUAAAGGUUGUCAUUUUGGGACAAGAUCCAUACCAUGGACCUAAGCAAGCUCAUGGGCUCUGUUUCAGUGUCCAGAAGCCUGUUCCACCUCCCCCCAGCUUGGAAAAUAUUUACAAGGAGCUCUCUGAGGACAUUGAGGGCUUCACCCAUCCUGGCCAUGGGGACCUGACAGGCUGGGCCAAGCAAGGAGUGCUCCUGCUCAACGCCGUGCUCACGGUUCGCGCUCACCAGGCCACGUCCCACAAGGAGAGGGGCUGGGAGCAGUUCACAGAUGUUGUGGUGUCCUGGCUCAACAAGAACCUGCAGGGCCUUGUCUUCAUGCUCUGGGGAGCCUAUGCCCAGAGGAAAGGCAGCUCCAUCGACAGGAAGCGCCACCACGUCCUGCAGACGGUUCAUCCCUCACCCCUCUCUGCCAACAGAGGGUUUUUUGGCUGCAGGCACUUCUCCAAGACAAAUGAAUUCCUCAAGAAAUCUGGGAAGAAGCCCAUCGACUGGAAAGCACUCUGAGCUGGGGCUGAGGCUUGGGAGCAGCCCCUGGCUCAGGGGUUGGGGCAUUUCUGAGAAACUCCUGCUGACCUGAGAAUUGUUCUUUGGGUGUUGAUCAGUGAACAAAUGACCAAACUUUCAGAGAUGGUUGUAUUUUUGUUUUAAAUGUUUCUUUUUCAAGAGCAUGUUGGAGUGUUUGAUAGACAGCUCUGCUGCUGGAACAGAUCUUAGCCUGGUUUGAAGCAAAAAAAAAAAAAAAAAAAGACCCCAAACACCAGAGUUCUGUAUUAAUUUGUGUUCACUGCGACAAUGGGAAUUUCUUUUCAGAUUCUGGUGAAGGGAUGUUAAUUCUUCCUGAGCUGCUCAGCUUUUUUACAUGCCCUGCUGCCUCCUUCCCACACAAAUCUAGUUUUCCUAUUUAGGGGGGAUGGAGCUGACUCCAUGGGAGGAAAAGGCUUUUGUUUUUAGCUUUUUGCUACAGAUUUAUUACAGAAAUCUCGAGGCUGUAAAGAAAAUACACGGUCAGGAGUAUUGCUUGGUGUAUCCAUGAUCUCAAGAUUUUGGGAUAAAUCCCCCCAGUAGCCACAGGGGGGCUGUGACCAAGAUUCUUUGAAUGUUUUGUUGGCAUUUAGACAGGAAAAUCAAAAGGUUUUAAGUUCUUCCUAGGUGUGUAAUCACCUGGAUGACAGGUGAGCUGUGCUGACCAAGGACCUGGGGGUAUUUGCUGAUGGCAGCAGCGAACAUUUGUUAAUUGAUAUCUUCCAAUUACAGAUCUUUUUAAGAUCUUAAAAGAGGCAACUUUGUGCUUUGCCACCAUGGUAGCAAAUUAAAGUUUCCACCUCCUUUGCAAUAAUUAUUAUGACUUCCAGGAGGAAGAGGUGUUGACUUCAUACUCCCGGGUUUCCAGCUCAACUUUGUAAUUCCUUUAAUGGAAGUGAACAGCCCUUUUUUUUUUUUUUUUUUUUUUUUUUUGGAAUUACAACAGUUUUUAUAGAAUAUCCUUGUAACCCUUCCUCUGGUGUUCUCUCUGAGGUAACACUAUCACCAGUGGUUUACACUGUCUGUGCCUUGCUGUAUAUGCUGUUUGCUUGUUUGUUUUUUUUUUCCCCCCCCCCAGAGUGUUUUUUAAAAAUAAAAAUUACUUUGUUUACAUGA